AUGAUACUCGAAUCACGAAAUAUCCGUCAUAUCAUUCUUUCUGGUAUCGCAACUAGUGAUGUGAUUCUUUCUACAUGCCGUUCUGCCGCUGACAGAGAUCUGAAUGUUACCGUUGUGCGCGAAUGUUGUUUUGAUGAUAGCGAAGCGCUGCAAAACACUUUAAUGAACGAAUUAUUUCCAACUCAAGGCGUUACGGUAGCCUCUUUAGAUGAGAUUUUAAACGGUUUGCAUGGUGACUAUGGAUUUAUCGAAAUUAUCGAACUUUAUCCACAUAUAUGUUAG